CAUACCCCCCCACGUACGCAGUCGAAAAUGGCCGGAUCGAACACUGCUCACACUCCUGCCCAAAAGCGGAAAGCUGUCACUGCACCAUGUGACCUUGCGACCAACCAACUGCGCCACGUUGUCCUCGACGACCUGCAAGAGACCGUGUACCAAGCCGAAUGGCAAUGGUUUCAGCAGGCGAUCCUGCCUGCUUCGCACCACAGCUUCGACAUGAAGGAGAUCAUGAAGACACUGACCAACAAAGGUGUCUUGACCUCGGUUCAUAAUCAAGCUCGCUGGUCGGCAUUCGCGAACUGCCCUCCGGCAGUCGACCCGGAUGACGAGGACACGGUCUUCGCGGUGCUACAAGAUAUCAUCUCGGCCAUCCGUGGGUCGAGCAACAUUCGUGUGAAACGAGAGACCAACUUCCUUUGCAAGCCGACCACGGUGCCUUCCUCCUCCACCAGGGACAACAAGUCGAAGCCCGAUGGCUACUUCGUGGUCAACGACGACAGUGUGGACAAGUCGGCUCCCAGAUGGAUAGACAUAGCUGUUCCUGCAGAGUUCAAGAAGAAGAAUACUGACGAGUCGAGGAAUCAGAACGCCACGCAGAUCUUGUGGUCUCUGACACAUAUCAUGCGGGAAGAUCCCAGGCGUCGAUUCGUCAUCGGAUUCACCAUCGAAGACUGUCGGAUGCGGCUGUGGGUGGCAACUCGGUCGGAUGAUAUUGAAAAGGUUAUCGACUUUGUCUUGCGAAUAUCGUUUGCCCGGAGAGAUGAAUUAGGCUUCGACGACACAAUCGUGCGACUGCCGACACUGGACAGCUGUGGUGGCCCUCAGUACGAGAUCUUGGUGAACAAGAAGUGGUAUCGAACGCAGCGUCUGAUCUCGAACAUUGGAGCGGAGGCACUACGCGGGAGAGGCACUCGGGUGUGGGAAGUCAGGGAACUGGACAGACGGGGAGGGAAAGAGAUUGGGCCACGUUUGGUUCUGAAGGAUUCGUGGGUCGACGCGGAUCGAGAUCGCGAGGCGACGAUUCUCGAGAAUAUUCGCAAGUCAGCGACGACGGACGUGCAACGUGAGGCGUUCGACACGUACCUGCUGCAUGCCAAGGAUUCUUGGGACGUUCGCACUGCUGGGAACAAGGUUGAUAGUACGCGCAAGGUGAUCUGCCGCCGACCACUCCCUCCAGCAAUGAGAGCGAUGGCCGUGAAGAAGUAUCCGGACGAAGACAAGACGGUGGAUGUGACGCUACCUCCUCAAGGCGCGAUAGCAGGAACAUCAUCGGAAGGGCCAGGACCAGUCAUGUUCGCUGCGAAAGUUCAUCACCGUAUCCUAUUCGGCGAUGUAGGCAAGACGAUCAUGGAAGCCGGAACGCUCGGGGCCGCAUUUCGAGUCCUUGCGAACAUCAUCACGAUACUGAAGGUUCUGCACCAAUGUGGUUGGGUUCACAGAGACGUUAGUGCUGGCAAUGUUCUCAUCAUCAACAACGUUGGGAAACUUGUCGAUGUCGAGUACGCCAAGCAUGAGUCCGAUGAUAGGAGCCAUGAAGUGCGGACGGGUACGGCUUAUUUUAUGGCGGUCGAGGUCGAGCAGCACAGAUAUCGAUUCGGCAAGCGGAAUGGCCCGCGCGCGAAUAAGGAUCACACCUCGUCUGACGCCCAGGAAGAAUCAGAAGACUCCGAUGCGGAGACUGCCCGAGAACUGCGGCUGGUCAGGGAGCAGCAGCUUGUGCCUGACUCAGAAUGGCCUCCCGACAAAAAGAAGUACACGCUGCCCGUACCAGACGCCUUGCCCGUCCUUCAUGUCAUGCCGUUCAGACACAACCCACUACACGAUUUGGAGUCGGUCUUAUGGCUAGCUCUAUACAUCGUCCUCUGCUCGACCAUCGAGAAGUGGAACGCAGAUCUCCCCGACGAGGAGUGGGCCAACUAUUCCCUGGCACGUAGCAGGCUUGCGGCAAAACUGUUCAACGACAGCGUCUUUCGGUCUGAGGUAAUCGGAGUUGGGAACGCAUUCUGCUCGUCACUGGCCAAGCUCCACCCCGCCAUCCAGGCGAUCUGCGACAAACUGGACGAGUAUAUUAUGGAACUAGUCGGCCUCUACCGGUCUGCAGAACAGCGGCAAUUGCAAGCCGCAAUCGAGGCCGCAUCUGCUUCCUCUGCCACACCGGUUCCGGAGGCGAUACCGUACACGGUCGCGCACAAAGCCAAGUUCUACAAGAAGGCGACCGAGAUCUUUUCGAGCAUUUGGAACGAACAGCUAAUCCGCGCCCAAGAGAAGGAGCACAUAGUCUUCAAGCCCAGGACGACCCUUCUCUCCGAGCAGCAGAGAGAGAUGAUCACCAUGCUCGAGACUGCCGGACAGCCUACCACGAUGGCUACGGUUGCGGAGGAAGAGGAUACGGACUCGGAACCGCCUAGGAAGAACAGGAAGCUGAAGCAUCCAAGACCUGAGGAAGUGGCCGCCGCGUCGCGUCGCGGCAAGAUGCGUCAAGAUCCACGGCAGAAUCGCAUUACGGUCAGCAGCAGCGCAGCUCUUGGAGUUGAGCACGCCGAGUGACUGAAGACAGCCAUGUCAUGCGCCAUCUUCUGGCCCGUAUUGUGAUAAGAGCCGGCGAGCCCUGCUUCCCGUCUCCACUUCGCCAGAGUUGUACCAUCUAUAUAUAAUAUAUUGAUACUUUUCGCAUGUACGUAGCGUCUCAGCGAUCCCACGAAAUA